AUGAAAGAAAAGUAAAAUUCGAUCAAAAGGAAAAUAAAAAAAUAAUCACCAAAAAAAUUUCAAAAUAUAGAUGAUUAAUUGAGUUCACCAUUAAUAACGAAUGAGAUACUAUUAGAAAAAUAUCCAAGCUACUGCUCAAGCGAAAUCUCAAGUCCUGAUUCAGCAAGGGAAGAACCUGGUAGUAUGUUAGAAUUCUUACUUCAUUUGGAGAAUUCUAACUACUGUCCAUUCAUCUGA